UUUUUUUUUUGGAUUUGUUCCUGAACCCGUCUUUUACUUUUUAAAAUCCCUAUACUUCCCUCCCACCCUAUCAGCAAUCAGGCCUUUUCUUUCUUUCCUUGACUUGCAAAGGUUCACAAGCUCCUUGAUGGUAUCAUUCUUCACAGCCACUGCACCAGGUGCAGCACGAAGAAGGCUGUUGGCCUUAGCUGUAUUCGCCCUUGCUCUCUUUUCCUCAAUACCGACUCUCGUUGACGCAGCCAAGGGUGAAACCAUCACCCUCUCCUUCCUCGAUGAAGCUGGAGCUGUCAUCAGUCAACAGACUAUACCCUGGGCAGAGUGUACAAAUAUCGAUACCACUCUACUACAACCCACAGGCGGAGCUUAUGCCUCUGUCUCCGCUUCGGUUGACCAUGCAGCACUGAAUCUCUAUUCCUACCCUUACUGUGCAACCCUUUCGGGGUCUGCAGUCGGCAGAUGGAGAAAUGCAGGUGAUUUAAAAGACAUGAUUGCUAUCCGUUGGGAAGGUAUUGCUAACGAUCUGGCCCCUGGUACAGAACGGACAACAAAUUUCCCACCAGAGAUGGCGGUUGCGACUCAAGGCCCGGAUCCUGAUGCUGACCCUAUCCUUUGGGCCCCCGAUCCCGAAAAGGGUAAACUGGUAGUUGGACUGGUGGCGGGAGUAUUGGCUGUGGGUGUGCUCAUUGGUGUGUAUCAGGUCUAUAAAGCAGCACAGUAUGUACCACCACCCAAGAAGCCAAAGAAGAUUACGUUGAAUACAAAGAAGAUCAAAAAGAAGGAUGCGUACUAUCGUAAGCCCGCUCCUGCUCGCCCUGUGUCCUCUGGAGAAGAUGAUAAACGGUCCUUCCAGAGAUUGGAGCAUAAUGAGUCACCCGAGCCAUUGUUGAACAGACCACAGAUGAUGGAGCGUGGAGGAGGUCCAUUUGGAGGUAGCAGCCGAGAUAGCCAGUAUUCAGAAGCGGCAACGUUUGUAGAUUGGGGUCAACAACAGCAGCACCAGCAGCACAACCCUGCAGUAUCCAUUGAUAUGCGAGAGACAUCCUAUAGCAAUAACAAUAACAAUAACAACAACAACAGCAUUGCCACUAGGUUGUCUCCUUUCCGGGAUCAGCAUAGACCAGCGACAGCAGAGCUGAUCCAGUUUGAUGGAGUUCAAAGCAGUGACAAUACGAGCAACCAUAAUAAUAGCAACAAUCGUGGUAGGGGUGGUGAGGUACUGGUUCCAAUGCACACAUUCGAAAACAACAACGGCUACAGUAACAACAAUGGAUAUAAUGGCCGGUCGGCAUAUCGAAGGUCGAGUAGCUCACGCUCACGAUAGAAGAAAAACGAAAAAAGAAAAAUAAAAGAGCAAGGAACAAGAGAAAUACCAAGACCGACAGAGAGAUGAGAUGAAGGAAGGCCGCAGGAAGAGAAGAAGGAGAGAUUGAAGCAUGACAAAUAACCAAACGAGUUUUGAUUGCCCUCUCCUUCUUUUUUGUUUCAUUAUACUAUCGUUACUAUCUACAAUCAUAUAAUACAUCAG